AGAAGAUUAGUGUCGACAGUCACAUGCAAUUUGUAAGUUUGAACGAACUAAAGAUGAAAGAAGAUAAAUCUAUAAAUUCAACAAAAGGGAGUGACGAGCUCUCUAAAAAGGUUCUCAAAAAGCAACGGAAAGAAGCAGAAAAAGCAAUAAAGAAAGCUGAACGUAAAGCUCAAAUUCAAGCUCAACAAGAUACAACUGAUGAAAAGGAUAUUUCAUUUGGAAAUUAUGGAGAAACCGGAUUAAUACAGAGUAAAGAAAAAUAUACAGAAAGAAAAUUUACUGAUAUUAAAAAUUUGAAUCCCAACUUAGAAAAUCAGAAUGUAUGGUUAAGAGGACGUUUACAUACUAGUCGUGCUACAGGUAAACAAUGUUUUAUUGUUUUAAGACAGCAAUCUCACACAAUACAAGGUUUAGCUGCAGUUAACGAACAAGUUAGCAAACAAAUGAUUAAAUUCAUAUCUAAUAUUACCAAAGAAUCUAUUGUGGAUAUAGAAGCAGUUGUAAAAUGUGUUCCUUCUAAAAUUGAGUCAUGUACUCAAAAAGAUGUAGAAGUUCACAUUGAAAAAAUUUUUGUAGUAAGUGUUGCUAAAUCACAAUUACCCUUACAAAUUGAGGAUGCUUCAAGACCUGUAACCGAAGCUGAUGACAAUGCUUUAAAUAUAAAAGUCAAUCAAGAUACUAGAUUAGAUAACAGAGUCCUAGAUCUAAGGACUCCAGCCAAUCAAGCUAUAUAUAAGAUAGAAGCAGCCAUUUGUAAAUUAUUUAGAGAUAUUCUUACAAAUAAAGGAUUUGUUGAAAUUCACACACCAAAAAUUAUAUCUGCAGCGAGUGAAGGUGGUGCAAAUGUCUUUACAGUAUCAUAUUUUAAAGGAAAUGCUUACUUAGCACAAUCGCCGCAGCUUUAUAAACAAAUGGCAAUAGCGGCUGAUUUUGAUAAAGUUUUUACUGUAGGAGCAGUUUUUAGAGCUGAAGACUCUAAUACGCAUAGACAUUUAACGGAAUUCGUCGGUCUUGAUUUAGAAAUGGCAUUUAAAUAUCAUUAUCAUGAAGUAGUUGAUGUUAUUGGACAAUUAUUUGUAGAAAUGUUCAAGGGUCUUCAUGACAAUUAUGCUGCCGAAAUCGAGAUUGUACGUCAGCAAUAUAAUGUAGAACCUUUUAAGUUCUUAAAUCCACCUUUAAAAUUACAAUAUAAAGAUGCUAUUGAGUUAUUGGCAGAACUUGGUGUAACUUUAGGUGAAGAGGAUGAUUUGUCUACUCCGGAUGAAAAAUUGUUGGGUAAACUUGUUAAAGCAAAAUAUGAUACAGACUUUUACAUAUUGGAUAAGUAUCCAUUGGCAGUACGACCGUUUUAUACUAUGCCAGAUCCAAAUAAUUCUAAAAUAUCAAAUUCUUAUGAUAUGUUUAUGCGUGGUGAGGAAAUUAUUUCCGGUGCACAACGUAUUCAUGAUCCCGAACUUCUUACAGAACGUGCAAAAUAUCAUGGAAUUGAUAUAGAAAAGAUAAGAUCGUAUAUUGAUGCAUUUAAGUAUGGUUGCCCUCCUCAUGCUGGUGGUGGGAUUGGAAUGGAGAGAGUUGUUAUGUUAUAUCUUGGCUUGGAUAAUAUUAGAAAAGUUUCAAUGUUCCCUCGAGAUCCUAAGCGUAUUACACCGUAA